AUGCCACUUCGUCUCGACAUUAAGCGCCAGCUUUCGUCACGAUCAGAGCGCGUCAAGAGCGUCGAUUUGCAUCCAACAGAGCCAUGGGUUCUUUCUGCACUUUAUUCUGGUAGCCUCAUGAUCUGGAACUAUGCAACGCAGUCACUGGUCAAAACAUUGGAAGUAUCGUCUUUGCCUGUGCGUAAUGCCAAGUUUGUCGCUCGUAAGCAGUGGCUUGUAGCGAGUUCAGAUGAUAUGCAAGUGCGUGUAUUCAACUAUAACACGAUGGAGAAAGUUACGAGCUUUGAGGCUCAUAGCGACUAUAUUCGCCAUAUUGAAGUACACCCAACGUUACCGUGUUUUCUCACUUGCGCAGACGAUAUGACCAUUAAACUAUGGGAUUGGGACAAGAAUUUUACAUGUUCACAAGUAUUUGAAGGUCACGGACACUAUGUUAUGAUGGUGAAGUUUAAUCCAAAGGACGCGCAUUCGUUUGCAAGCGCAUGUCUCGAUAGAACUGUCAGAGUCUGGGGCCUUGGCUCCAGUCAUGCCCAUUUCUCCCUUGAAGGACACGAACGUGGCGUCAACUGCGUCGCUUAUUACCCAGGUGGAGACAAACCUUACCUGCUGUCCGGCAGUGACGAUCGUACGGUCAAGGUGCUACCACUGAUCAUUUCGGCCUGUGAAGAUGGUGCCGUGAGGAUGUGGCACUCGACUACAUAUCGCUCGGAGACGACGCUCAACUACGGCAUGGAACGUAGUUGGUCGCUUGCGGCGCUACCUUCAGCCAACACACUGGCGAUCGGCUACGACGAGGGCACUAUUGUGUUGAGGCUAGGGCACGAUACCCCUGUCGUGAGUAUGGACGUUGGUGGCAGCGGAAAGCUCAUUUGGACGACUAAUAAUGACGUUUACACCGCCAGUGUCAAGGGGGUGGUGACGGAGAUGGGUCUCCAGGACGGCGAAAAACUGCCGCUUGUUUCAAGAGAUCUAGGAAGCUGCGAAGUAUACCCUCAAAAGGUACAGCACAACAGCAACGGCCGCUACGUAGUGGUUUGCGGUGACGGCGAGUACAUCAUCUAUACGGCACAGCAGUUGCGUAAUAAGGCCUUUGGUACUGCGCUAGAUUUCAGCUGGUCACCAACAGGCACCGGCAACUACGUUAUACGUGAGAGUAUUUCAAAGCUCACACUGUUUCGUAACUUUAAGGAAGUUAAGAGCGAGAAGCCUCGCGUGCUGUGUGCCGAAGGUCUGUUCGGAGGCACUGGUGCCAUCGGCGUCAAGGGUAAUGACGCGAUUGCCAUGUUUGACUGGGAGGAGCUGCGGCUGAUCCGUAAGAUCGACGUGGUGGUGAAGAAUGUGUUUUGGUCUGAAAAUGGCAGCCUCGUCGUGCUUGCUUGCGAGUCGAGUUUUUUCGUGCUGCGGUACAACAAGGAGGUGGUGGCACAGUCUUUUGCUGCUGGCACGAACUCACCUGAUGAAGGUAUUGAUGGCGCCUUUGAUCUGCUCUACGAAAUUUCUGAGAAGGUUGGUACGGGCACCUGGGUUGGAGAUUGCUUUUUGUACACUAACGCUGGCGGCAGACUCAACUACUACGUGGGCGGUGAGGUAAUGACGCUUGCCCACUUAGAGCAGAAGAUGUAUCUGCUCGGGUACUUACCUCGUGAAAACCUGGUAUUUUUGAUGGACAAAAUGAAAAAUGUGGUGAGUUACACGGUUUCGCUAGUAAUGCUAGAGUACCAAACUGCUGUGGUGCGUCGUGACUUUAAGAGUGCAAACGACAUUUUGCCCAAGAUUCCGGCAGACCAAAUGGACUACGUGGCCCGUUUUCUGGAGUCACAGGGAUUUAAAGAAGAGGCUUUGGCUUUAAGCACUGACCCAGACCAAAAAUUUGAUCUUGCUGCGCAACUUGCAAAGCUGGACGUGGCGCGUGAUGUUCUGUUGCUGGAAAUUGACAAGGGUGACAAAAGCAGUUCUAUGUUAUCACCUACCUUGCAAUAA